AGCUAGUAGUAGUGAGAUCUGUCUCUGUGUCCUCUAUUCGUAAUAUUCCUCGAGUAAAUGAGUGUUAAAGAAAUUUUAAGAAAAUCGCAAACAGAACUAAAAAAGACUUUUCUCCGGUUGGACGAAACUAGGACGGUUUGCUGUAGUAUCACAGAUUAACUUUUGGAUCAGAGGGCCUAAGGUUCACCCGGCCGGGUUGGUCGUAGGUCCUCCGUACCUAGGAAAAUACUUCUUGACCCCUAUCGAGGUGCAACGUAUAAGACAGCAGCAUAUCACUGCAUGUUUUUCGUCCUACGUGUCGCGAAGAGAAUCGAUGUCAUCUAUUUCCUCAAUUGCGCGAAGCAUUAAGACUUAAGGUCCUAGCGAAGAGUCUGGUUGCAGUGUUGAUAGAUGCUAGCAGCCAUAGGAUCAUGUUAGCACUUGAUCUUGCGCGUUCCCUGUUCUGGAGAACGCCUUAUCUGGUUCUCGUCUUCGGGAGCUGUUGGAAGCUUCGCGUUGCUGCAUCGCCAUAUACAAGGAAGGACCCAGCUAAAUAUGAUCAGGCGUGGGCCACGGAAACCAAGCAUGAUGGGUCCCGGUCCGCUACGGACUGCUGGUGCGACUCGCGGUAUGCAGCGUGCACGAAUCCCCCGGCCCCUCAUGGUCUGGGAUGACCGAAAUAAAGUACCAUCACGCACUCCUUCCGUCGUUGCGUUUCAAUACUGCGUGGCGUUCGUGACAAAUCACGGAUGGAGCUGGCGAAGAGUACUAGUCAAAUAAGCAAUAAAAAGCAGUGACAUGUUGGUGAGCUGGAUGUUGUCUUGCGGAGGCUAACACUAAGCUUAACUAGAUUCCUGGCACUGAUCGUCCUGUUUGUGCUCACGAUGUUCUUCGAACACUGAAUAAAGUAAGAGGGGCUGGGAGAUUUGUGCAAUAUAAUACGCAUGAAGGAUAUGAGGGCGUCAGAUACUACAUCGCAAAAAAACUGCAACUUUCCCAGUUACGCAAAACCCGAAGCGUCCAGGGUAAAGCCAGCUCGACCGUGCUGAUUUCGGCUAUAGCUAUACUGGACCGUCAGCCCAAUUAUACCUUUUGCAAUGAAAACUUGCGGACAGAGUUUCUUUUCGCAACUGGCAUCUACUUGCAGCCCCCUGCAAAAGAGGUCUCUCCAAGCAGUUGUGGAAAAUGCGUGACCUUUUUGUCGCGAUUCUCAACUACCUAGUACCCUGCGAAAGGAGACGACCACACAGAACAGCGAUCGGCACAGAAGCCGAGGCUUCCACGCACGCCAAAGGGUAGUUGCAGCCUGAACCCCUACGCAUACCCCUGCUUGCGCAAUUCAAUGGCAAGCUUUGCGCUGCCAUUUAGAAUUGCAUUCAGGAAGUUGGUCAAGUUUUUUUGCAAAUAAGUGUCUGACGCUCUCAUAAAGAAACGCGCACGUUUUGGAAUACCAUGUUGCUGCAAAUCAAGGCCGGCGUGUAUCACACUGAAAAGCCUUCCACGCCAGGAAUAAAGAUAACCUGAGCGAGAAAAUGCAAAUCUUCCGUUUAGAAGUAUGCGAUGAACGAUAUUCGUACUCAAUAGAAACUUUAAAUGUACUUUUACACGUAGCAGAUAAGUGGCAAUUCAAAUAGGUGUUUCGGGCCGUUAUUUUGUCAUUCAAUGGCGGUCUCGACGUAAUUUUGAUUUCGUGGCUGGGGCGCUUUUCAUUGUGAUGACAUGGAGUAUCAAAUGCAAAAGUGUCUGGGUCUGGAACAUUCUGACACUUUCUAUGCACGUUUUGCAUGAGCCCUGAUGUCUGUGAUGCAUGCCCUAGCAUCACAGAUUUUUCAGAGCUUCUUGAUGCCUAUUCCGCAUGACAAUUGCCCUCUCCGCGUAGCAAAAACUGCACUCCUUUUGGUACUUAUGCGAUACAGAUUUUUCUGGAAUCCAAAUGCAGCAUGACAAGUUGCUUUUUUCCAGACCCAGACAUUUUUACAUUUGAUAUGGAGCACGAAGAAGCAAAUCCCCAUUGGGUGCACGGCGUCUGCGCCAAGGCCUAUCCUUACAUAUUCAAAAUGGUCUCUCUACGCACUCCAAACCAGUGUGUCUGCGGCUGGAAGAUUUGUAGUUUGCGAUACGCUUCCGCAUGAUAUCACAUCUAACAAUUUGCUCUUGCGCAACUAGAAGCUAUGCGCGUUGGGGCUUCCCUUCUAGCUUCGACCGAUCAAAAUUCGUUCCAUCACCUUGCCUGGAGCGCUUCUUGUAGAAUCUCAAUUGAUUCUAAAAAAGGCGCACGGAGUUCUGCUCCUCCCGCGCUUCUCUCGUGGCGGAGCCACUAUAAUGCGAAAUAGGAAUAGGAAUAAGCGUCCGCGAAAACAAAGGUGGUCACGAUGGAUACAACUUAAUGAUAAAAAAUCAGGGCCAGACCAAUGCUGGCCGAAAGUUUUCCAGAUUCUGUCCGUCUGACCCCGUAACAUUAUGGGCCGGGCGUCUGCGGAAGGGUGGGGGGCGCGAAAAACAUGGCGUCUGGGCGGGUUGCGUUUGUUUCAUAUAUAGAGCGACACGAUAGGAAUAAAGAAAAACUGACACACCGUCAGCGAUUAUUAUCAUUUGUAGAUCCAGGCUCAGACAUACACAUAUUUGCAGCUGUUGAUAGGAUUACGAUGACACUGACUCCUUUGUGUUGAACACAGACUGCAGCGCUGGGCUAUUGUCGAUGUUGGUGACGUGCGCGCGCUCCACCGCCCUUGCGGGCCGUGCGGAACCCGAGGUCGAGCGAUGGGCUGAGAUGCCGCGAGUAGUUAAAGACGAAGGCCCGAGCGUGGACGAUGUUCUCCAGCCAAUGGAUUACCGGACCUGCCGCCAACUCUGCGAAGAGAACCCGGACUGCAAGUCGGUCGCUCACGGGCCAUACGGGUAAUUGUGCAGUGGUAGGAUAUACUUUUCCCUAUGUUCCUCUUGCCUCACAGUAAUACAAAUACACUUGUUCUUGCUUGCGCUGAAGGUUGUCUUGUAGUUACUUGGAAGGCAUGUAUCUAUUAACUUACGCUUACCACAUCGAAGGUGUCACCUGAAACAGCGGUGUGUGAAUGAGCACACAGAAUUAGCAGAUGCUUCCCUUUUUCAAGACGUCCCCGACUCCGAGCUUUACAAAACGCACUACCUUGCAGACACAGACCGGUGUCCUCACGCACAGGAAUCGGCGCAACAAGAGAAAUAUGCAUUGCGAAUAUGUCUGAGUCUGACUCUGAAAGAGUGCAUUUUCGUGAUGCGUCACUAUCAAAAUCAAAAUUUGCACGAGCAGCGGAAGCUGCGCAGUUUUCGUCAUACGCAGGGGAAAUUUCUCAUGCAGGAUACGCAUGGAGGAAGAGAAUGAGCACAGGCCAUCUUCGAAAAAUCUGUUACGUAACGAAAGGCACGACCCUGCUAUUCCCCUCAAGAUUCAUAUAAAAACUGCAUCACAACUCGAUCAUCUUCCAGACCCAGACGUAUUUAGAUAUGAUUAAAUAGCAUCUUCAGCCGACGAAAAAACAGACAAGAAGCUCGAGGAAGAAACGUCGCUGCCAUUUGGGCUUCCAAACUUUUCCGGACGACCAAAAAAGAGGUCAUUCGACCUCGUCGGCGGGGCCGAUCGUUAUCCCUCUCUCCCGCAAGAGAAAAAGGAGGAGCUCGCAAAUCUAAUGCUGUUCGUGAUCCGCACAACGGAAUUUUGCCUACACUGUCUGGACGAUAGCGAGUGGCCGUUCACGCUCACCGAAGUGCGGGAAAACUACGCAUCUUUCCUGGAGGAUCGCUACCGCUGGACUUGGCGACCCGCCUCGCUGCUCUCGGGAAACAGAAAGAAAAAACUGCACCGCAACUUCGAAGACGCUGACAGCGAGGGCGACGAGGACACCUCCGCUGCGGGAGGGGGUCCUAACAGUGGGGUCGUGGGAGCGGUAGGGGGUCGUCACGAUGUUGAACAAGAGACGGAUCGUCCUUCGACAUCGGAGCGAGAAAACGGCUUGCGCGCCGUGGAUGUGGCGCCCGGCGUAUAUUCUUUGAAGGACGCGAAGAAGAUGGGGGACGCGGCCGUGACACAGCUGAGGCACGAGUGGGCAUUGGAGAAGUUUCGAAUUCGGUGGACCCGGGCGAUAGACAGUGAGGUGGGGUUUUGGUUUGGCCGAUUGAACCCGGACCCGGAAAUAAACACCCGGACUGACAGCCGGGCCCGUCUGCGCGAGUGGCUCAAGACUGGCGCAGCGUUAUGAAAGUAAAAGCAAAUGCCGCCCAAUGGUGCGCAAUAAGCAUACAUUUUGAGUCAGAAGUGUAUGCAUUUUCUUGCACGUUCCUGCAGUGACAUAGUAAGUUUUCUAUCUAAGGAGGUGCUGGAGUAGUACUAAGGGUUGGUUUUUUUCUGUUUGAUAGGCACCGUGGGCGUACGACGAUAUGUGUGUGUACGUGGACCUCGCCGGAAGCCGCGGGAACAGGACCAGCCUGCAUAUCCUAAACACGGGCAGUGGCCCCUUUACGCCGAAAGAGCUGCAGUGCGAUAAUCUGCGCUUUCCAGGGGAUCUUACCAAAAUUUCGAAGACGAGCGCGCUGCGAUUCUUCAGUAGCCCGGAAGAGGACCGGGACCUACCGCUCUGCUCGGGCGGCGUGGAGGAGGGGUUCGGCGGCGGCGGGAAAGAGAGGAGCUGUCGCAGGGAUUCAGAUCUGGUACUAGCUACCGACGGAAAUGAUUAUGAUCCCUUUGCCGACGAUCUGAGCGCCCCCUCUCGCGACCUGGACCGCAGCGGGUCCGGGGGCUCCUCCUGGAUGAGUAGCCUCUGGGCGUCCAUGUCGGGUGAUGCGGACGCGGGUGAUCAGCCCCAUGCCGGAGAUGGCGACCAGGUUAUUCUCGAGGGUCCGUCAGUCGCACUGCAGCAAAAAAACAAUGCAACGGACACGACUCGCGCUGGCACGAACACUACGAAAGAGGAUAGUGCUGGGGAUCACGAGGCAAGUGCACACUCGAUUAAAAGUCACGACGGGUCACGCCAUGCACACGUCAAUAGGGUCAGUUUAAAAAUACCGAUAACGUCGGCGGACGGGCUGGGGAAGUACUACCUGCAGCUCUAUGAUGGAUUCGACAUGACGCCUCCCACCAACUUGCCGGUGCAGUGUCACGUCGAGCAGCUGUCCAACUGCUUCCCCGUAAACUACUUCGACAUUAUAUGGGGUCGUCCAUGUAGGUCAAAGGGUUCAGGCACCGUAAAUUUUCGUAUACAUAGUUUCAUGAAUUUUCCGCGCGGGCGCGCCCACCGGGGCGGGAAAGUUCUUUGUGCGGGCCCGUCCAAACUACCCGGCACGCAAGGCAUUCUAGUACGAUCUUGGCAGGUACUAUGUUGCGCCGCAGCAUUGUCAUGCACAGUAGCAGCACGACACGUUGCGCAGAGGCCAAAUUAUUUCGACGAAGCAAGGCGCGAAUUGUCGAGUGUUGGCGCCAUUGCGCGCUAUGGCGCGUUUCUGCAAGCCCGGUGCAGUUGGGAAGGAGCGCGAAAAAAUUAAGUACGAGCGAAGCCUUUUGAUCUAUUCUGACAACGCCAUAUGUGACGCACAUGAGGAAUGCACUAGAUCACACUUUUGACCCGCUGAUUGGCAUCUUGGAAAUGCUGCACAUCACGCGCCCAAAGGGGAUGGUGCUUCUGCGGCAUGCCCAGAACGAGGGAGUUCCAGGAGAGUUUCGAGUCGGGCUGCACCAAUGGGCUUUUGACGUUCAAGUCACGGAGUACUUUUUUAUGUAGUGAGGUCACCGAUAUGCGAUAGUGAGGUCACCGAAAAGUUUCUCAUCUUGAUGAGGAAGAUAAGCUUGCUAAAGGACGCCGUGUGCGCUGCUAGCUCCCUCUGCCUUCAUGAUUUCGUUGAAGUUUAUUGUUCACCAUACACUAUGUCAGUAAGUGAAGUGCAGAAGGGUGAGACUCUUCAUGGAGGGUCUUUGUUUUUCGGUGCAUAAUGGGCCGGCCGCUGACCGGUUGGCCGCCUUUAUCUGGCUGCCUGGUCGGAUGUACUAGAUCGCCAUAGGAACUAUGGAUUUUGAUUGCAAUGAGCAGAGACAGAGUUGCGCCUUCCUAGAAAGCCGAAGUAGAUCACCACUUUUCCGAUACUACAGGUAUAUCACGCGUCCGGUUGUGGGAUUCACUUCGCCACAGCGCGUUGGCCGAGGCCACUUUAUAAUAUGGAACCCGGAGCUUCGGCUCGACGUCACAGAAUACUUGCUCAAGCAAAAUCUUGUCGCGGAGAUUGUUGCCGACCUUGUGCUAUGAAUCACAAAAGUUUCGCAGCUGUUACCCAACGAACUCAUAAGUUAAUAAUCUCAAAACCCCUGCUUCUGCUGGUCCCGACCCAGGUACUCAAAACCUCUGGGGAAUUGUGCGCAGGAUUAUUGCUGCAGGGAUAUUUGCAUUUCCCAACGGGCUGCUUUGCUUGGGAAGGUACUUACCUCACCAGCAAGCUUGCUGAGGAAGCAGAGGCCCGGGCUUCAUAUGCCCAGCUGGCUAUGUAGCGAAGUUUCCACCUAAGCCUGAAGAAAAAGAGGCUAUGUCUGCCGAUAAAUGGUUGCGUGCACGAUUAUGAAAAUGAAUUACAACUUGUAUGAUUGAAGCAGCUUCCACUUCCUGCAGUCUAAUCUCUGUAUACCUUGUUCUACCUUGUUACAAAUGCGAGGCUUUUGCAUUUGACAGCUGCCCCAUCCGUCUGGCACCGCAAAACCAGAAGAGAAAUUCGUCUGGGUGGACAUCGUAAAAUAGAAACGCUGCAUCGAGGUCGAGGCGGACAAGAUGAAAAUCCAGGUGCAGGCUCUGCACCUGCUUGCUCAACUAUUACAUAUCUGAUAUUACGAGAGAAAUUUUCUUCGAGAAGAGCUCGGCAAGCCUUUGCAUGCGUCGUAUAGGUAUAAAAGAGUCACAGCCAUCGAAGGUGAAAGCAAAAAGCGCAGGUGCUGUGCAAUACAUAGUGUCGAACUGGAACGGAGACCCAGCACAUCAGGAAUCAGAAAGUCCCGCAUUUCCCGUCGUUGAUGCGUAGUGCCGUUGUUCUGCAUCUACAGAGUUGUGGCAAUGUUGUCG